ACGGAAGCGGCGAACACAUGGCGAACACAUGUUGGCGCGUGGAGCACGUGUAACGCGAAAGGGGUCUCGAGCAUCUCGACUCUUGCCUUCGAGUCGCAAUGCAGGUGUCAAGCAUCAACAACGUGAAGAUCUACAACCUGAGCAGCGGAAAAUCCCUGCCUGAGUGGCUCACAGACCGCAAGAGGCGAGAAUUACUCAAGCAAGAUGUCGCCGUACGCAAGCGAAUCAACCUCAUCCAGGACUGGGAGAUGCCAACCGUGUGCAACAACAUCCGCGUGUCGCGGGACGGGCAGUACCUGCUCGCAACAGGCACCUACAAGCCACGGGUGAGGUGUUAUGACGUCAAUCAGCUCUCCAUGAAGUUUGAGCGCUGCAUGGACUCAGAGGUGGUCACCUUUGAAAUCCUCUCGGACGAUUACUCCAAGCUGGUUUUCCUGCAGUGCGACCGAUACGUGGAGUUCCACUCUCAGAACGGCAUCUACUACCGCACGCGCAUCCCCAAGUUCGGACGCGACUUCGCCUACCACUAUCCCUCGUGCGACCUCUACCUCGUAGGAGCCAGCUCCGAAGUGUUCCGCCUGAAUCUGGAGCAAGGCCGUUUCCUGAAUUCACUUCAAACCGAGGGAUCAUCCAACAAUGUGUGCGGGAUUAAUACGGAGCAUCAGCUGUUUGCCUGCGGAACAGCGGAGGGCAGGGUGGAGUGCUGGGACCCACGUGACCGUACACGUGCCGGAGUGCUUGACUGCGCCCUUAGCAGCAUCACAGCUGAUACAGAGGUCACCGGCAUUCCGGCGAUUUCAGCACUUAAGUUCCACGGAGCCCUGAACAUGGCUGUGGGCACCAGCACUGGGCAGGUGCUGCUGUACGACCUCCGCUCGGCUCGCCCGCUCCUCGUCAAGGACCACCGCUUCGGGCUGCCGAUCCGGAACAUCGAGUUCCGGGAAGACCUGGACCUCGUGGUGACGGCCGACUCGCGCAUCGUCAAGAUGUGGAACCAGCACACGGGCAAGAAUUUCACCUCCCUUGAGCCCGAGUACAACAUUAACAACAUGUGCCUCUACCCCAACUCCGGGAUGCUCUUCUUGGCGUGCGAGGCGUCCAAGAUGAACACGUACUACGUUCCGGCGCUGGGCUCAGCCCCGCGAUGGUGCUCGUUCCUCGACAGUCUGACGGAGGAGCUGGAGGAGAACCCGGAGAGCACCGUCUACGACGACUACAAGUUCCUGACGCGCACCGACCUUGAAGCGCUCGGUCUGACGCACCUCGUGGGCUCCCCACUACUCCGCGCCUACAUGCACGGCUUCUUCAUCGACAUCCGCCUCUACCACAAGGUGAAGGCCAUGGCGAACCCGUUCGCCUACGACGAGUACCGCAAGCAGAAGAUUCGAGAGAAGAUCGAGGAGGGCAGAGUCCAGCGAGUCCAGACCAAGCGCCUGCCCCGCGUCAACGCCGACCUCGCCCAGAAGCUGCUGGAUGACGAAGAGGACGAGGCAACCUCCUCACGAGCCCUCAAGCGCAAGAAGGCGUCGGUGGGCAGCAUCCUGCAGGACGACCGCUUCCGGUUGAUGUUCGAGAACCCAGACUUCCAAGUGGACGAGCAGAGCGAGGACUUCCGCCUGCUCAACCCCGUGGUGUCGCGCGCCACUGAGAAACGCAAACGCAAGCGCAAGGGCAUGGAGCGAGAGGCAGAGCAAAGGAAAAUCUCCGCCACCGAGGAGAACGACUCGGAGCCCGACGGACGCAACAGCUCGGACGACAGCUCGGACGACGAUCGCUCCUGGGUCCCCGAGGUGCAGAGGCAGUACAAGCUGCUUCGCCUCGAAGCGUCCGGCAAGGAGUUGCGGCGAGGGGCGGCCUCCGGACCGGGAUCUGGUGGUGGUGGUGGUGGUCGUGGAAAGACAGACGUUUCGGGAAGGAAACGACCGUGGCAAGGCAAUGAGGAAGCCGAUUCUGCUGCUGGGACGAUGACGACAAGAGAUCAGCAGCAGCAGCCACGCUUCUACGAAAUCCGGCAAGGAGUGGAAUUCAACAGCUUCAAGGAUGCUGCAAAGAAGCGGAAAAGCCUCACGUCCUCGCUUGCCGAUCGGGUGAAGGAACAGGAGUCUGAUCUUCCCGUGGGCCUCGCACACUCUUCCGUGGGCAGCAAGGAGUUGACUUUCCGUCUCAAGAAGACGGAGCGAGAGGAGCGGCGCCACACGGCCGAGAGGCAGCACCACCGCGAGCGGAAGGAGCUGCGGCGCUCGGCUGGGAGCCUUCCAGGGACGGCUCGUGGGGGGCGGGGUGGGUGGCGGGGAGGCAGGGGGAGGGGUGGGGGGCGCGGAAGGGGACGAGGUGGGGGCCGGGGCAGGGGUGGACCUCAUUGAGGACAUUGCAGGCGAGCGCACACGUGCAACAAAGUAAAUAAAUAAACGCCCCCCUUCCCAUAUUUGUGUCUUCGCAUAAAAAAAAAUAAAGUUUUUACAUAACUGAUCGGCCGCCCGGCCUUCUGGGAGUGCGUCUUAUCAGCAGAGUUGGUUCUUGAUUCAGUUCAAGCAAACUAAAUCGUUUUCAACAUUCUGUGUUUCAUCAGUAGUACUUAGGCUUGCUUUUGAACCCUUGAGUACACCUGUACCCCUGCACACUCAGACAAUAUGGUAAUACAAUGCGGUUUACAUAUAUAUAGCAACCGCAUCUGAAGACGCCGAAUCUACACGCCUCGUCUCACCUGCCCGCACAACUGACCUCUCCACACCUGACUCGCCUGUAGGCAACCAAGUCAUCUGUACUAAGCUCACAUUUUAUAUAACUGACCUGUAUACAGCUGGCUUAUUUAUACAAGGACAUUAACACGUUUUGCUCUAGUAUGCACACAAAUACAAAGAUCCCCCUUAAAGCCUCUAGACGUUUGGGGAAAGUGCUGUUCGGGAGCACCAUGCCUGACCAACUUUGUCUCCCUAGUGGCAAUGUUUACACACCGCACCAUGUGCAGUAGAACCUCUGGUCACGAACGCUUCUGACCACGACCAAAUCGGGUUACGACCAAAAAAUUCACAACAUUUUUUAAUCUGGGCACGAACACAAACUCGGGUGACGAUCAAACACGGCCGCGGCCGAUUUCCCCUUCCGCGCAAUUUUUUAUAAGCGCCAAAUUUCCUGUUGUUUGUUUACAACAAACAACACAAAGCGUAACAGUUAUAUAUAUAACUUUUGUUAUAUAAAAUUCCUAGUAAGAUAUUAAUUUUGUGAGUGUAGUCAUACCCCUCCCCCCUCAUUCAAGCCGUAAUUUAGAGAGCGAAAACACUGAGUAGGUAAAUCGCUAACAUAAGAACCCGUUAAUAUCUUCUCGCAUCAUUCAUACGAUGAUGCGGUGAAGUAAACGUUCAUACGAUAUUACGGUGAAUGCUUCCAAAAGCAAUAGUGUACCCAAAUAUUACUGUUAACUUAUUUUCAAUCGAAACAUGAAUCGCUCAUACGAAUAUUCUCUCUCUCUCAGAAUCGACCGACUGAUGUAGCAGACGAAACAAUCAUCUUGUUGAACGAUUAACACUGAGGUUUUCUCAGUGUUAUUCAAUGUUUUUACAUUUAGUUUACUAUUACACUGUGAAGUCUAUGGCAUAAUUCACUAUUUUUGUGCUUAAAAAUCUUUAAAAAACAAUAUUUAUAUACAGUUCGUAGGAGUCUGGAACGGAUUCAUCGUAUUUACAUACAAUCCAAUGGGGAAAUUAGGUUCAAGUCACGACCAAAUCGGGUUGCGACCAAAGUUAUGGAACGAAUUAUGGUCGUGACCAGAGGUUCUACUGUACUCAUUUGAGGCUGACUCGACUUUGGGGAGGCCUGGGACCGGUUAAAAUAAUUAUCACUUGUGUUGGCCGUGAGCUUGAAUUGAACUCGGGUCUUUUAUUGGUAUCGUAUUUCCUGAUGAAAUAUGAGGAAAAUGACGUGAAAAAUAUUUUCAAGGUCCAAUUAAAUAGCUGCAAUGAUUUUCCUGUACAGAUUAAUGCAGCGUGUGCAUUAUUAGUGUUCUAGAUGGUAAAGCUGCAAUGAACGAUGAGUUGACUUACUAAUGAUGUUCAGUCAAAUCCAAUGAGAACUUUAAAGGAAUCCUAUUUUUACUGGAAUUGCAGCAAUGCACACGAUAGUCAAUACCAUAAAAUUAUACAAUAUAGUUCCAAGUAUAAUUAAACGUUAUGGGAAACUGAUAUUGCCAUAAUCGUCACGUGAAAUGUUAUACUGUCCUGUGAAAUACUACAGCAACCCCAGUAUAGUAAGUCCUCGUUUCGCGUGUUAGAUGUGUUCCCGAAAAGUGCCGGGGAAAGCAAUAGACAGUUUCAACGAAAACAGUUUCCCCACAAUGUAAGAAUAAGGUUUGCCGAGUUACGAUGUACACACGCGCACACAGAGAUGGUGGGACAAAACUGAGGGUACGCUGCCACGUUACUGUAUCGCAAUACUCGGCUAUGCAGCUCAAUAAAAUAGUUCGUCGUUGACCACUCAGAAACCGCGUUUUAACGGGCGUGUGCGUUAUAAUGGUGCACGUUCCGCGAUGUGCCAAAAGGGUUUCCCUGACAGAAGAAUGAAAUAGCGAAAAUGUGUUGUGUGAACAUGCGUUAAGCGAGGACUUGCAGUACUCGUAAUGCUCAUUCGAAGACAUCACCUGACAUCAUGGCGGUACACGAGCCAGUGUCAUUGAACUAUGGGUGCGUAAUCCUUGUUAUCUCGGUCAUUCAUUUGUAAACAUUUGUACAGAUACAAAUAUUUUUUAGUGUUCAACU